UGACAGACAACAGUUGUAGCAAGAGCAGCAGCAGCAGCAGUGGUGGUGGUGGUGGUGAUUUUCACCUCAUUCAAAGUUUGGUCUUUUUCUAGAGGUUACAUCUUAAUCUCAAACUGUAUCUCAGAAGUUUUGAUUUAUUGUUACAUACUACAAUGGGGGACAAGCGAAAACCUACCAGUCCAGUUGAAAAAGAAGAUUUAAAAAAGAACAGAGUUGAUGACGAAAGUGUAUCAAUUUCUACUCUUGGCUCACUUGCUGAAAAACAUGUAGUUCCUAAUACUUGUGUAUCUGAUAAACCGGAUGUGAUUUCUACACAAGUACCAGAAAGAUUUGAUGCCAACAAUCUUCAGACUAAAAAUAAAAUAUUAGUUGAAUGCAUUCGUCCAAUUCAAGAAAAUAUUCUUAUAGCAAAUGUUUGUGACCCAAUCGAGAAGAAUUUAUGUAAUACUUCAAGGAGAACAGAGGAUAACAAAACUGAUGAAUAUGGAGAGACAAGAAACAAAGAAGAUGAAGCAGAGCAGAGCAAAGAAGAGUCUCUAGUUGAGGAAAAAUCAAGCAAAGUAGUCAAUUUAGAAGAAAAUAUAUUAGAAAUUGCCCCUGAACAUGACGAGACAUUAAAGAGACCAAGAUCACCUUCACCGCCUUAUAAUCAACCUCAAAACGAUGCUAAGGCUGGCACUAUUCCUCCACAUGAAGGAUCAAGUAAAAAAUUCAAACAUAAUGAAGAAACGUCCAUUGAUGAGCUAAGAACUGUUGUUGGAAAUGAAGCCAGUACUGUGUGUCCUGAAAAAACUGAAGCUCAAAAUGUUUUGCCAAUAACCAAACCAACUAUAAUUUUGACAGAGAACAAUGAGAAAACCGCAACUGAUUCUUCUGUGACGGCAAAAAGGCCUGGUGAAUUGGGGCUUGCUCCUGAAGAUGACGUAAGCCAGCACAAGACUUCCAGAAACUUGAGUGAUUCAGCAGACCAUUCAGGGUCUCCAGAUAAUUCUGAUAAGAAGCUUGAUGUUAUUGAAUUUUGUUGCUUAAACUCAGGUGAUCAAGCCUUGGAGCUUAAUGACAGUGACCAGAUAUCAGAAAAGUCAUCAGUAAAAGAAUCUCCUGUUAAUAUUUUAGAUUUAAAUGAUAGUUCUAACUGUCCAAGAGACAAUGCAGCAAGCUGGGAAGAGAGUAGAUGCUUGAUGGUUGAUGAUGUGUUUGUUAGAGCUUCUCCAAAUGAAGCAGCACUGCAGCCAUUCCAGCCACGUAGAAAACGACAAAAACACAUAAUUAAUGCCCUCCAAAAGAUAAUGGAAUUUUAUUUCAGUCGUGCCAAUUUGUCUCAAGAUCGAUUCUUGCGGUCUAAGAUGUCAGACGAUUUUUAUGUUGACCUGCCUCUUUUCCUCACUUUUAAUAAAGUUAAAAGCUUGACACAGGAGUUGAAAUUACUGCAGUAUGCUGUAAGGAAUUCGCCAUUUUUGGGGUUAUCUCCAGAUGGCCUGCGUGUUAAGAGAACUCUCUAUUACCCCAAGAAAGAAAAUGAGUUGGACUGCAUUGUCUAUGUAGAUCAUCUUGCACGCAAUACAACUGUAGAUUGGAUCUGGGAAUAUUUUGAGCAAUUUGGAGUUGUUGAGUUCGUGAGUCUUCCUCGGUACAAAGACAGUCACAGAUGCCGAGGAUUUGCAUUUAUUGAAUUUGAUACACCCGAAUCUGCUGUGAAUGCAGUGGAGGCCCACAGCCCUACUGGGAAUCCUGACAUAUCAGCUUGCACCAACUAUUCAAAUCUUGAUUCUUUGGAGCGAUCUUUUAAUGAAGAAGUCCACAAUGUGCCUGAUAGCAGUUGCCAUGUUGAUAAUGAAAAUUCGCCACUUGGCGAUAGAUUGCACUUACCUCAGGACUCAAAUUCCGUUAGCAAUGUCACUACCACCACCGCUGAUGCUUCUGCUGUUGUGGCUUCAGAAGCCGAGUGCACUGACGAGUCGCAAAAAGCAUCUCCAAAAAACUUGGACCAUGGAAUACCCCGAAAUGAAGAUCUUGAUGUUGCUACGCCUGCUGAGAGACAUCAGCUGCAGAGAAGAAAUAGCAAGACUAGCCGCCCUCUUGAAAAGAGGAAACGAUCCCUCCUCAAGAGAAAGACCACUGAUGCCGACCACACAGAUCAUCUGCUAGUCUUGCCUAAACGUGUUUGGUUACAACGCCGUGAAGCUUAUCUUGCUGAACAAAAGAAGCGUCUUAGUAUGUGCAAAAAGAUAAUGAAAGCUGAUCGUUUACAGCAAGAAGCCCUGAAGAUAGACUUUGAUGUGCCAAAGCCUCGCAAACAAAUGCCUGUGAAAAAUCCAGGGUGUGUUGUGAGAGUCACCCUAGAUCAGCCAAUUGAAGAAAAGUCUUCCAUAAUCUCUGGGGUCAAGGCUUUUUGCGGUUCUGGCGUGGAGUUUGUGGACUGCUCUGUUGGAGAAAAAGUUUUUCACGUUAGAUUCGGUUCGCGCGAGGGCGCUCAUAGCUUCAGGUAUGGCAGUUCUUGGAAGAACAAAAGUACAAUUAUUGAAGGAGCUGAAGAGGAUGUAUUCUGGCAACGAGUCCAGAGCUGUUGGAUCGCCAGGAUUACGGGACCCAGAAUACGAAAAAAAGUUCGUGGAAAGCAGAAAGUGAUCAGCAGAUGGCGUGCACGGCAAGAGGCUUUGGAAGGAAUCGGCGGAGAAGACGGCUUGCCUGAUCACAAUAAUGAUCAAGAAUGAUAUCUAGGUCCUUGAUGAUUGCCGCCCCAUUAAUGAUGAGGCGCUGGUUCACGAACUCAACAACCGCUGCUGGAAGGUGUGUUCAGGGACGGGAAAGCUAUCA